AUGGCGUCGUCCAUGAGCAUGAACGAAACGGGAGCGUCUCCUUCUUCGGGAGGUGCUGUACCUACCACCGGUGACUUUGUGGAUCUCCACGAACUCUCGAAAGGAUGGAAAGCAGCAAUUACCAGAGCCAAGGACCCUUCUACAAGGUACGAAGCGCGCGUCAAGAAUGAUCGCGGAAACUUGCCGUUGCAUUCGGCAGCGUCGUUCCGUGCUCCACUGGAAGUAGCCGAAGCACUCCUCGCGGCCUACCCGGAAGCGGCCUCCAUCACCAACAACUACGGAAACCUGGCACUGCACUUUACGGCCUGGAAGAAAGGUCCUCUGGAUGUGGAACAGCUACUCCUCAAACGAGAUGGCAUGACCGAAGAACGCGAAAUGGUGCUCGCCAUGUUGAUGGAUAUGAAGGAAAAUCAUCCGCACGCCUUAUACUCGGCGGGCAUUGAUCCCAAGGCCGUCACCGACUUGGACUCCAUGCUGGAACAGGUGCGCAAAGCUUCGGUUGAAGAAACAAUUCCUCCCGGGAGCAGUGACGAGGAAAUCGAUGCACAGCUUAUUGAAGAAUCACUAUGUCCUCCGGAUGAUCCGGUCGAAGUGGCGUUGGCCGGUGUGAUUGGAUGUAGCGCGGUCAAAAACCAAAUCCGCGGACUGCGACGUACCAUUGAAAUAGCCGCAGCUACUGGUGAAGUCUCCAAAAUCCCGCGUCACUUGGCCUUUAUCGGAAACCCAGGAACCGGCAAGACCAUGGUGGCCCGCAAAAUGGUCAACAUCCUGCGUAACGUGGGAGCCAUACAGAGCCUCAACUUUGUCGAAGUGGGCCGUGAAGAUCUCAUUGACAAGAAGAGUGAAGCCCGGACCGUCUUCAAGACACGAAAAGUAUUGGAACGUGCCGCCGGAGGGGUCUUGUUUGUCGACGAAGCGUACACUUUGUUGCCCUCAACGGCCCGUCCGCGUGGACGCGAUCACGGAGCGGCAGCUUUGCGGGAGAUUGCCCGAGCACUCCCCGGCGGAAACCCACUGGUCAUUCUGACCGGUGCACCCUUGGAUCUGCAGCGUGUACUCUCUAGCGACAUUGGUUUCAAGGGACACUUUUUGACCAGAAUCGAGUUUCCGGAUGCGACCCCUCUACAGAUUGCACACAUGUUCAUGGCAAAACUGUCCGAGAAGGGACUCAUGCCGGCCCAAGGUGUCACCCCACAGUACCUGGGUGAGCUGAUCAAGUCGAAUACGGAAGCCGAAUGGAGGCAGGAGCGAAACGGUCGUAUUGCCGACCUGUUACUGCUGGGCGUCCGGGCCGAAGUCAAGAAACGUGCCGUCUGGGACGAUACCGCGUCCAAGGGAUCGUUGAGCCCCAUGAAAAUUCUUAGCCCGGGAUCUUCUCGCAUGCCUGCUUUUGCCCCCGAAGAAGUAUUUGUGAAUGUGGAAGAUAUUCAGAAUGCCAUUGUGAACGGCAUGUAAACGUUCAAAUGCUAACCCGAUCCUUGUGUUGUGAUUGAGCCGUCGGGCGUCGAGCUUAGACGUGAACGGUACGAUCCGGGUUGCAGACGUCGUCUAGUUUAACUACUACAUAGCGAGCCGUUGCCGAAU